AUGCCUGGCGUUGCCGAGUCCAACCUGCAGAAGCUGGGCAUAACCCUGCCUGUUCCUGCGGCCCCUGCAGCCUCCUACGCGCCGUUCUGCGUCGUGGGCAACAUGGUCUACGUCUCCGGCCAGCUUCCCAAGGACGCUAAUGGCAAGCUAAUGGUGGGCCAGCUCGGUGACUCGCUGACGGCCGAGGAUGGCAAGGUCGCAGCGAAAAGCUGCGCCGUGCAGCUGAUCGCUCAGAUAAAGGCCGCCGCCGGCGGCGACCUCGACAAGGUGAAGAAGGUUGUGAUGGUGCGCUGCUACGUCAACUCUGCAUGCAACUUCCAUGACCACCCGCUUGUGGCUAACGGCUGCUCCGACCUCCUGGUGGGCGUGUUCGGCGAGGAAGUCGGCCUCCAUGCUCGCUGCGCCUUCGGAGUCGCACAGCUGCCCUUCAACGCGAUGGUGGAGAUUGAAGCUCAGUUCGAGCUCAAGGGCGAUGCCACGGCGGCCUCGUAG